GGGCGGGGGACGGGGAUGGGCCAGCAGGUGGGCCGCGUCGGGGAGCCGGGCGCCUCCUCCGCGCUCCAGCAGCCGGCGGCGGCGACGCAGCAGCAGCAGCAACAGCCGCCGCCUCUUUCCCAGCCCCAGCCGAGGGGGCUCCGGGGCAGCGCAGCCAGGCCCGCCGGCCGGAGGCGAGAGGUGGCCGCCCCGCGAGGGGCCGAGAGCGGCUUCAAUAUCUUCACCCAACACGAGGCUCUGCACCGCCCCUAUGGUUGUGACACAGAACCCCAGGCACUGAAUGAAGCCAUCAGGUGGAGCUCCAAGGAGAACCUCUUAGGAACCACUGAGAGCGACCCCAAUCUUUUUGUUGCACUUUAUGAUUUUGUAGCAAGUGGUGACAACACGCUGAGCAUCACCAAAGGUGAGAAGCUACGUGUACUGGGCUACAACCAGAACGGUGAAUGGAGUGAAGUACGGUCCAAGAAUGGUCAAGGGUGGGUUCCAAGUAACUACAUCACCCCAGUGAACAGCCUGGAGAAGCAUUCAUGGUAUCAUGGGCCAGUGUCACGCAGUGCAGCUGAGUAUCUGCUGAGCAGCCUCAUUAAUGGCAGCUUCCUAGUUCGGGAAAGUGAGAGCAGCCCGGGGCAACUGUCCAUCUCACUCAGGUACGAGGGCCGUGUUUACCACUACAGGAUCAAUACCACCGCGGAUGGCAAGGUGUAUGUGACAUCCGAAAGCCGUUUCAAUACUCUGGCGGAGCUAGUUCACCAUCACUCGACAGUAGCUGAUGGCCUGGUGACAACCUUGCACUACCCAGCACCAAAGUGCAAUAAGCCCACAGUCUAUGGAGUCUCCCCCAUCCAUGAUAAGUGGGAGAUGGAACGGACUGAUAUCACUAUGAAGCACAAACUUGGUGGAGGACAGUAUGGAGAAGUGUAUGUUGGGGUAUGGAAGAAAUACAAUCUCACAGUUGCUGUGAAAACACUCAAGGAAGAUACAAUGGAAGUGGAGGAAUUCUUGAAAGAAGCUUCUGUUAUGAAGGAAAUCAAACAUCCAAAUUUGGUGCAGUUAUUAGGUGUGUGUACUCUGGAACCCCCGUUUUAUAUAGUGACAGAAUACAUGCCGUAUGGGAACCUGCUGGAUUACUUGCGGGAGUGCAAUCGGGAGGAAGUAACUGCUGUUGUCCUGCUGUAUAUGGCUACCCAGAUAUCCUCUGCCAUGGAAUACCUGGAGAAGAAAAACUUCAUCCACAGGGAUCUAGCAGCUCGCAAUUGUCUGGUUGGAGAAAACCACGUGGUGAAAGUGGCUGACUUUGGAUUAAGCAGAUUGAUGACGGGAGACACUUACACAGCUCAUGCUGGAGCAAAAUUUCCUAUCAAAUGGACAGCCCCAGAGAGUCUGGCCUACAACACAUUCUCAAUCAAAUCAGAUGUUUGGGCCUUUGGAGUCUUGUUGUGGGAGAUUGCCACCUAUGGAAUGUCACCUUACCCUGGCAUUGACCUCUCUCAGGUUUAUGAUCUGCUGGAGAAAGGCUACCGGAUGGAACAACCUGAAGGUUGCCCCCCAAAAGUCUACGAACUCAUGAGAGCAUGCUGGAAAUGGAAUCCCCUAGACAGGCCUUCAUUUGCUGAGACUCAUCAAGCCUUUGAAACCAUGUUCCAUGAUUCUAGCAUCAAUGAAGUGCCUCUCGUUAGCACCCAGGUCUGCUUUCCUCUUCCUUUGCUGCUCUCUGUUCCAACUAUUCCCCUGACGUUUCUUACAGAAGUGGCAGAAGAGCUUGGGAGGACAGCAUCUUCUUCAUCCAUAGUUCCAUAUUUGCCUCGUUUGCCCAUGCUUCCUUCCAAGACCAGGACCUUGAAAAAACAGGCUGAAAACAAAGAGAACAUCGAAGGAGCUCAGGAGGUUGUAGAGCAUUCUGCUUCCAGCUCUGCACCAGGUAUGCUUGGUUUUAUCAGAAGCACACAGCAGACCAGCGGAUCCCCAGCACUACCUCGCAAGCAGAGAGACAAGUCGCCCAGUGGCCUGUUGGAAGACACCAGGGAGACCACCUUCACCCGAGACAGAAAGGGGGGCUUCUUUAGCUCCUUCAUGAAGAAGAAAAACGCCCCUACACCUCCAAAGCGCAGCAGCUCUUUCCGCGAGAUGGAGAACCAGCCUCACAAGAAGUAUGAGCUGACGGGUAACCUUUCAGCCGUUGGUCCUCUGCAGCACAUCGAUGGGUUUUCUUUUACCCCCUCCCAGCAGGAUGGAAACCUUUGCUCGUCUAAGUGCUAUGUUGGGGGCUUCACGCAGCGGAACUUCUAUGGGGAUGACGGCGGUGGCGGCAGCAUGAGCAGCGGUGGGGGCACAAGUACCGGCAGCGGGUGGUCCGGCAUCACAGGCUUCUUCACGCCACGGCUGAUUAAAAAGACCCUGGGUUUAAGAGCCGGGAGGCCCACCGGUGGGGAGGAAGCCUCAAAGCCUUUCCCCCGGUCCAACUCGACAUCUUCCAUGUCCUCGGGUCUCCCUGAGCAGGAGAGAAUGGCCAUGACCCUUCCCCGAAACUGCCACAGGUCCAAAGUCCAGCUGGAAAGGACAGUCUCCACCUCCUCUCAGCCCGAGGAGAACACUAGCAAGUCCAGCGACCUGCUCUCUAAAAGGUGCGAAGAGGUUCCCACUCUGACCAGAGACAGACCAAAAGCCAAACUUCUGCCCAGAGGUGCCACGGCUGUUCCCCUCAGGACCCCUUCUGCGGAUGCGGCUGUUUCUGAAAAGGACACUCAGGGGCCAACAGCCACAGCGAGCCUGAAGAGCAAAGAGAAGAACAGUGGGACGCGGCAAGGGUCCCUCGAAGGCGAGGAGAAGUCAGGCUGGCCUUCUCCACCCAAGGCUGCGGCAGUCCUUCCUGUCACCCACAACCACAAAGUGCCCGUUCUCAUCUCACCCACUCUGAAGCAUACGCCAGCAGACGUGCAGCUGAUUGGCACAGACUCUCAGGGGAAUCGCUUCAAGCUCUUAUCUGAGCACCAGGGCACGGCUUCCAGCGACAGGCCCAGGCGGAUAAAACCAAAGUGCGCUCCACCUCCACCCCCAGUCACCAGGCUCCUAAACCAGCCACCCACUUGCUCAGAUGUGACAGAGGAGUUGAAUAACGGGGCGUUGGUACAGCCUGGGCAGGAAGCCAGCGAGGGCAGCAAAAAGGUAGUGGCGGCGGCGGCACCUGCCGGUGGAAAAGCCGGAAGGCCUGUAAUGCCCCCACCUCACGUGCCUCUGUCGUUGUCUUCCACCUCACCUGCCAAAAUGGCCAAUGGUACAGCGGGAGCCAAAGUAGCACUGAGAAAGACCAAACAGACAGCUGAGAGAAUCUCCGCCGACAAAAUCAGCAAAGAGGCUCUGCUGGAGUGCGCGGACCUCCUCUCGAGUGCCAUUGCCGAGCCCACCACAAACAGCCACUUAGUGGACACAGGGCACCAGCUGUUGGAUUACUGCUCAGGCUACGUGGACUGCAUCCCGCAAACGCGCAACAAGUUUGCCUUCCGGGAAGCUGUGAGCAAACUGGAACUCAGCCUGCAGGAGCUGCAGGUGUCCUCAGCAGCUGCUAGCGUGCCCGGAGCAAACCCUGUACUUAAUAACUUAUUGUCUUGUGUUCAAGAAAUCAGUGAUGUUGUCCAGAGGUAGCUACUGUUUAUAAUCGCCCAGUUAGGAGGAAAGAAGUCUACACCGAGUGGAGGGAGAAGGGUCAGGAUGACUACCUUCUGGUGUUUUUCCCCUACCUUGAUACUUUGGAAAGGAAAGACUGAUACUUGAGUGAGUUUUAUGUGAAGUACCUCAAAUCACUGAGCUCUCAUGUUUACAGGUUCAUCUCAGUACAUGGGGCAGAUGGGGAGGGGGAAGCCAAGCUUCACUUGGGGGGUGGGGGUGGGGGUCAGACGGUUUGCAGCUGAGUGAGGAGGGCAGAAUGUCAAGAACUUGCCCUAGCCAGAAAAUGGGGAGCUUAUUCUCCGAUUCCCCUUCCAGAAGGUAGGAGAACCAAGAACAGGGCCUUGGUUUUGGGAAGAGCCUGCUGAUCUCCACAAUGUUGUUCAGAUGACCAGAAUUAUUGGAGAGGGGGUGGGGUGGGAUCCUUUUCUGCACUACUGCAUGGUUUGACCUUCUGGGAUUGUGAGAGAAAGGUUCAGAGGCUCCAUUGGAACGGAAGUGGACUGAUCUUCCCAAGCGAGAGGGGAUUUAUUUUGGGGGAAGGUCUGUGGAGCUGCUGGAAGUGGUGCAUUCGCCCACCGGGCAUAACUUCCACAGUGCAUUUUGCUGCUGUAGUAAGAGUUGCAAAAAAACCUAUCCAGUGUAAGAAACACAUCCCUUUUUUUGUCGUCCUUCUCACAUAUUUUACUAUCCACACAUCCGGUCCUUCACAGCUUCUUCCAUGGCGGUUGAGCUGACUUGCCACUGGAUCAAUCUCUCUCACUCCCACUCACUCACUCACUCACUUACUCUCACUUGCACGCACACUCAGACUGGCUGUCAUCACCCUGGUAGUGUAGCAUGGGUAUCUAACCUGGCACUCACUUGAGUAGUUUGGGCUGUAGCACAAAUUUGCCAGCAUGUGUCCAAAAGCUGUAAUGUCUGUUUUUAAAUGUUGAUACAACAUUGGCCCCCUCUCCUUUGAUAAACCUUGAGGGGCCACCCUGGAUUAAAGACACUGCAGAAUGCU